AGGCGGUUGGGCACUUGGGCCACAGCCAAGUUCUGCCUCUAUAUAGCACUCAUCUCUCUCUCUCUCGGUGCAGAAACAAUGGCGGAAAAGGGGGCCAAAACCAGUACCUGACGUCUCCACUUCCGUUCAUUUGUUUCACUCCCUCUUCUCUCCCAGUGCUGUUCUUUCCGUGUUCAUCGUUCCAAACUUAGCCUAAAGCACCAAUGCCUUCAAAUUCUCUAUUUCAAUCCAUUAAUGGCGUUCCUUUACUUCCUCUACCUUCCCGACUGAAACUCUUAUCUCUUCCAUCCUCUUGUUACCCUCCAAAGCCCAAUUUAUUAAGGAGUCAACGUCGCAUUGUUCGAUUACGAGUAGAAGCUUCAAACAAACCUAAAAAUGUCUUCCAAAUGACCAAGAAUCUUGGGAGGUUUAGCUCUGUAGAUUACAUUGGCGCAUCAGAACCUAAAGUGGAAGAUAAGUCCGAGAAGAAGACCUUAGUUGAAUCUAUUCGAAAGCUAAUCGUGGUUUCUUUGUGUUGUAUUGCUUUUGGUCUGUUACCUUUUCAUACUAUUCAAGUUUCACCAGUAGCUGCUGCUGCUGCUGCUGCUGCUCCCGUGGUUGGUGUAGCUACAAAAGGGGAAACUAGAACGAAGAAAGAGAAAGAACACGAGUACUCGGAUUAUACUCGAAAGCUACUGGAGGUGGUUUCGAAACUUCUUCGGAGGAUUGAAGAUGUUAGGUCGUCUAAAGCUGACAUGAAAGAAGUGAAGAUUGCGUUGCGAGAGGUUAAAUUGAGGAAGGAGGAGUUGCAGGAUAGAAUUUUGGAGGAACUGAAUACUGAGCUAAGGGAAAUGAGGAAUGAGAAGACACGUUUGGUUGAUCGUUCGGAUAAGAUUCUUGAUUCUGUUACGAAGACUAGAAGGGAACUUGAUAAAUUGACAAGCACGGUUAGUAAUGGAGAGGAGGAGAAGGAGCAGAUGGAGAAACUUGAAAUGGAUAUGAGUGCUGCUGAGAAGGAAUAUAAUGGGAUAUGGGAGAAGGUGGGCGAGAUUGAAGAUAGGAUUUUAAGGAGGGAGACAAUGGCCUUUAGUAUUGGUAUCAGAGAACUUUCUUUUAUUGAGAGGGAAAGUGAGAAUCUAGUGAAGAAUUUUGGGCAUGAAUUGAAGCAUCGGAGGGUUCAAAGUCUGCCAGAUAGUUCUUCGACCACUCUCUCCAGAUCUGAUAUACAGAGAGAACUAGAAAGUGCACAAAGAGAGUACUGGGAACAAAUGAUCCUGCCAAGUGUUCUAGAAGUUGAAUGUUCUUCUCCUUCCUUGGAUAGAAGUACUAAAAACUUUGUUCUACAUGUCGGAGAAGCUAUUAAAGAGUCAGGGAAGCUGCAGAGGGAUCUUGAAACCCGUAUAAGGGAAAACAUGAAGAAGUUUGGAGAUGAAAAACGUUUUAUUUUAGACACGCCAGCAGACGAGGUUGUGAAGGGUUUCCCUGAACUUGAGUUGAAAUGGAUGUUUGGAGAUAAGGAGGUUGUUGUUCCCAAGGCUGUCAGCCUUCACUUGUAUCAUGGAUGGAAGAAGUGGCGAGAAGAAGCCAAGGCAGAACUGAAAAAGAAUUUGCUUGUAAAUGAUGACAUUGGUAAACAGUAUGUGGCUCAAAGACAGGAGCGUAUCCUUCUGGAUCGUGAUAGAGUGCUUGCCAAAACAUGGUACAAUGAAGAAAGAAAUCGGUGGGAAAUGGAUUCAAUAUCUGUUCCUUACGCUGUGUCCAAGAAACUUGUGGAGAAUGUCCGCAUUAGGCAUGACUGGGCUGCAAUGUAUGUUACACUCAAGGGUGAUGACAACGAAUAUUAUGUUGAUAUUCAGGAAUUUGAAAUGCUAUUCCAAGAUUUUGGAGGGUUUGAUGGGCUUUAUCUCAAGAUGUUAGCUUCGGGUGUUCCGACUGCAGUUCACGUGAUGUGGAUCCCUUUCUCUGAGUUGGAUAUCUAUGAACAGUUUCUCUUGACAAUGAGGUUAUCUUAUCAUUGCCUGGUUGGAUUAUGGAAAUCGGGACUUGUCUCAUAUGCAAGAGAUUGGGCUUUAAAGAAGAUCAGAGAUCUUAAUGAUGACAUAGCGAUGAUGAUUGUUUUCCCUAUUGUGGAGCUUAUUAUCCCUUAUCCGGUGAGAAUGAAUUUGGGGAUGGCAUGGCCGGAGGAAAUAACUCAAACUGUUGGCUCAACAUGGUACCUGAAGUGGCAGUCUGAGACAGAAAUUAAUUUCAAAUCCAGGAAGACAGAUGACAUCCAAUGGUUUCUCUGGUUUUUCAUUGGAACUGUCAUUUAUGGAUAUGUGUUAUUCAAUAUUAUUUCCAUUAUAAAAAGGAAGAUUCCAAGACUUCUUGGUUUUGGGCCUUUUCGUAAGGAUCCAAACAUGAAGAAGCUGCGAAGAGUGAAAGGUUAUUUCAAGUUUAAGUUGAAGAGAACGAAACGCAGAAGAAAGGAGGGAGUUGAUCCAAUAAGAUCUGCAUUUGAUCAGAUGAAGAGGGUAAAGAAUCCCCCAAUACGAUUGAAAGAUUUUGCUAGUGUUGACUCCAUGAGAGAGGAAAUCAAUGAAGUUGUCGCAUUUCUGCAAAAUCCCACUGCAUUCCAGGAAAUGGGUGCUCGUGCACCUCGGGGAGUUCUCAUUGUAGGUGAAAGGGGAACUGGGAAGACAUCCCUAGCACUGGCCAUAGCUGCAGAAGCGAGGGUUCCUGUUGUUGAAAUUAAAGCCCAACAGUUGGAGCCUGAACUAUGGGUUGGCCAAAGUGCAUCGAAUGUUAGGGAACUGUUUGAAACAGCAAGGGAUUUGGCACCUGUCAUAAUCUUUGUUGAGGAUUUUGACCUCUUUGCUGGUGUUCGUGGAAAGUAUGUCCAUACUCAAAAGCAGGACCAUGAAGCAUUUAUUAAUCAACUUCUUGUUGAACUUGAUGGGUUUGAGAAACAAGAUGGGGUUGUUUUAAUGGCUACUACUAGAAAUCUCAAGCAAAUUGAUCAGGCCCUGCAACGACCUGGUCGAAUGGAUAGAAUAUUUCAUCUUCAACGUCCAACUCAAAUGGAGAGAGAGAUGAUCUUACGUAUUGCAGCAAAGGAUACUAUGGAUAAUGAACUAAUUGAUUAUGUAAAUUGGACAAAGGUUGCUGAGAAAACGGCUCUUCUACGGCCUAUAGAGCUAAAACUUGUUCCUUUGGCAUUGGAAGGUACGGCAUUUAGGAGCAAAUUUCUUGAUACUGAUGAACUUAUGAGCUACUGUAGCUGGUUUGCGACUUUCAGUGGUCUUGUUCCCAAAUGGCUGAGGGAGACAAAGAUAGUGAAGACACCUAGCAAAUGGCUUGUUAAUCAUCUAGGACUGUCAUUGACAGAGGAAGAUCUGCAGAGUGUGGUUGAUCUAAUGGAACCAUAUGGUCAGAUAAGCAAUGGGAUUGAACUUCUAAGUCCUCCACUUGAUUGGACAAGAGAGACAAAGUUCCCACAUGCUGUAUGGGCUGCUGGCCGAGGUCUCAUUGCACUUCUUCUACCGAACUUUGAUGUUGUUGAUAAUAUAUGGCUUGAGCCUCUUUCUUGGGAGGGCAUUGGAUCCACAAAGAUUACAAAAGCCAAGACUGAAGGCCCCAUCAAUGGAAAUGUAGAAACAAGAUCAUACCUUGAAAAAAAGCUGGUCUUUUGCUUUGGUUCACAUAUUGCAGCGAAAUUGCUACUUCCUUUUGGGGAGGAGAAUUUUCUUUCAUCAUCAGAACUCAAGCAGGCCCAGGAGAUAUCUACGCGGAUGGUGAUUCAAUAUGGAUGGGGGCCUGAUGACAGUCGUACAAUUUACUUUUGUAGCAAUGCGACUACAGCCUUGAGCAUGGGUAACAACUAUGAAUAUGAGAUGGCUGCCAAAGUUGAGAAGUUGUAUAAUUUGGCGUAUGACAAAGCAAAGGAGUUGCUUCAAAAGAAUUGUAGAGUGCUGGAAAAGAUUGUGGAGGAAUUGCUAGAGUUUGAAAUCUUGACAGGAGAGGUCUGCUAUUGGAGAGAGGACGGGAAUCGUCCCAUCGAUGAUUACAGAGGGGCGCUCUAGAUUGCGAUUCACUCCAGGUUGCUUCACGGAGGAAAAGGCGAGACAACUUCGACUGAUGACCAUGGAGACCGAAACCUUCCACGAUAACAUGUACCCCUCGGCGAUCGAAUCUCGACUCGCUCAGACUUUCCAAAUCGCUCCGAUCGGCAGUGUUUGCGCCGUUCUCCGGGGCUGGCGGUUUUUGUUUUCCGGGAUUUUAGGGUUUUCUUUAAAGUGAUAACGAUGUUGUAUAUAAUAUAAAAUUUGAUCAAACAAUUUUUUGCUUUCUUUUUUCUUAGACGAUUGAACUAUUGAUGAGAGAACAUGCUAUUGUUAAAUGGGUCUUAGAGAUGUUAACUGAAAGGUUCAAAGAUCAUGUCAAAUCUGGGGAGCCUGUGUGAAUGAUGGAUCAUUUCCAAUACACCAUGUUUUGCUUGUUGGUCUUCUGGAGAAAAACUGAAUGAGAAAGUCAUCAAAGAUAUUGAAGAAACACAAGGGACUAUGCUUGUCAAUGGGGGAAAUUUUAGUCUUUGCUUUCUUAGAAAAUUUGGGGAAAGUAAUCUUGAGAAAAUGCUGGCAGCAAUUGCUCGAGAUGCUCCGCAGACAAGAAUCUGUUCUCAUUCCUUUAAUCAGAGCCUGCAGAGAGUGGAAGGAGAAGAAACAAGAAAACCCAGAUGAAUUUGUAGUCUCUUAUGUCGAUACACUAUUUGAUCUUCAAAUACCGGACGAAGGAGGAUGAAAGCUCUCCAAAGAAGAAAUGGUGACUAUAUGCUCGGAGUUUCUAAACUCCAGUACCGACACAAGAUCUACGACGUUGCAGUGAAUUAUGGCAAACCAGGUGAAGCACCCAGAAAUCCAAGAAAAGCUCUAUUCUGAAAUUGAAGGAUUUGUUAGUUCAGGAGAAAAGAAGACCAGACAAGAGGAUUUGCAGAAAAUCCCAUAUCUGAAGGCAUUUCAAAUAGGGGGUAUUUUGGGAAU